CUGUAUAGGCUGUGGCCAAUAAUAAAGGCUGAAGGAAGUGACGUUAACGGAAGUAGGGAUUUUUCUCGGAGAAGCUUGAUAAUUACCGAGACUACCCAGUUCUCCGUUGCUUGUGAGGCGAUUAGGAGGCAAGGAUGUCGGAGCGAAAAGUAUUAAACAAAUACUACCCGCCCGACUUCGACCCGUCAAAGAUCCCCAAACUCAAGCUCCCCAAAGACCGGCAGUACGUGGUGCGGUUGAUGGCGCCUUUCAACAUGAGGUGCAAGACGUGCGGGGAGUACAUCUACAAGGGGAAGAAGUUCAACGCGCGGAAGGAGACGGUGCAGAACGAGGUCUACCUGGGCCUGCCCAUCUUCCGCUUUUACAUCAAGUGCACCCGCUGCCUGGCCGAGAUCACGUUCAAGACAGACCCGGAAAACACUGACUACACCAUGGAGCACGGGGCCACGCGGAACUUCCAGGCCGAGAAGCUCCUGGAGGAGGAGGAGAAGAGGGUGCAGAAGGAGAGGGAGGACGAGGAGCUCAACAACCCCAUGAAGGUGCUGGAGAACCGCACGAAGGACUCGAAGCUGGAGAUGGAGGUGCUGGAGAACCUGCAGGAGCUCAAGGACCUGAACCAGCGCCAGGCCCACGUGGACUUCGAGGCCAUGCUGCGGCAGCACCGCCUGUCCGAGGAGGAGCGGCAGAAGCAGGAGCAGGAGGAGGACGAGCGCGAGACCGAGGCCCUGCUAGAGGAGGCUAGGAAGAGGCGAUUGCUUGAGGACUCCGACUCGGAGGAGGAUGCUGCUCCUGCCCCGCCCAAGCCGGCCCCUCGGCCCAACCCCACCGCCAUCCUGGACGAGGCCCCGAAGGCCAAGAGGCGUGUGGAGAGCUGGGAGCAGAGCGUGGGGAGCCUCGGCAGGGCCCCGCUGUCCGGCCUGGUCGUGGUGAAGAAGCCGAGGGCAGACCCGGACGGCAGUGCUGGGCAGGGCCAGGCAGCACCGGCCCCAGGCGCCCCGCACGGCAGGAAGGUGGCUGACCCUGCGCCCCUGCUGCCUGCCGCCUCCUCCCUGAGCCAGUUGGGUGCGUACUUGGACAGUGACGACAGCAACGGCAGCAACUGAGCCCACCAGGGCCCGCCCCAGGUCAGGGGUCACAGCCCCAGCUGCAGCGGAGCCGGAAGCCGGAGUUGCUGGUGGUCAGGGCUGGUGGCCUUGGACCGACCAGAGCCACAGGGAUAAACACUAGCUCGGUGGGGCUGGGCUCCUCCCGGGAGGGCUCCAGCCUGGGACUCGGCCCCCUCCUGCCCCCAGCCACCUGUGGCACCUCAGGGACCCCGCACCUUCCCCCACCUGGCCCAGGCUGUGGGCUGGGACACCCCCGGAGCAUCUCUGUCCUUCCAGUGUGACUUCGAGGUCCCCUCUGGGGUGGUGCUGGCCACAUCGGCCAUGUUUCAGGCACGUGGGUGCGCCCACCCCCAGCCGUCCCAUCCCUUCCCUCCAUGGAACUGUCCAGAACCAGUAAAAGGAACCCGGUCCGAUGGGCUGGGCUCCUCUCUGCUAGCAUCGGCAGAGCAGGCCCUGCUAGCACGAUUCAGGUGUCAUCCCACAAACACUUAUCCCUGUCACCAGCGCAGCAGGCAAGGGCUGGGCCUGUGCAGCACAGCGAGCUGUCACCUCCUUCGUGCCAGAGGUUGGCCCUCCCCGCUGGGGACAUGGGACUUGGUCCCCACACAGUGUCAGUGUCGGGACAGACCUCACAGGUGCUUCCUUAUGAACGUGAAGAGCUGCUUCUGGAGAACACGCUGGGGAGCCCAGGCUCUAAGGAAAUGCAUCAUGUUUGAGACGCUACGAUUUGCCAUCGGAGGGGCGGGGGCUGGGCUGUUCAUACUCAGCGCGGGUCACUGGCUUUGGUGGGAAUCUCCGGCUGGAAAGUUCUCCCUCCUGGGCCAGGGCCUCGCAGGGAGUGGGAGGAGGGAAGGGAGGAGCUCGUGUUUAUCACGUGCUCCGGGACACUUGGCAGAAAUGCGGUUGAGCUCCCACUUCUGACACCUGUUUCUAUUUUAAUUUCAACAUCAUUUCAGAUUUACCAACAAGUUCCAAGAACAGUUCAAAGAAUUCUCCUACAGACCUUUCGCUCACAUUUCCUUUGUUUUUGC